AAAUCCAUCUAGUUCGGUUCUGGUAUGAGACAUUGCCAAGCCAGAACACGUGAUUUCUCAUCUUACUUUUCUAUUUGUGAUUCUGACCAUUUUGACUCUUUUUGACUCAGUUGUUUACAACAAAAGCACUGUGUUAGAUGCGUGGAGAUGCUUUGUUGAUUCGCAGAAAAGAACGCCGGCGUAACCAUCGGAGCCUCUGUACACUGACAGUGGGGUUAGGGCUAGAGAGCAUCAUUUCACUCUGACAUUUUCUUGAAGAUGAUGGUUCCGCGGCGGGUUACACGGUCCCGGAACCUGCGCUGUGUUGAGGCACAGGGUGCAUCAUGUAGUGGGAGGCCUGAUGACAAUCAAAUUGUGAGGCCGCCUCAGCAAGACUGUCCACUUGAAGUGGAGAAUGUGUCGGAUAAAAUUUCUGACGUUCAUGCUCUUACUGUCAAGCCCAAUUGUGCUACAGAUGCAGGUUCAGACACUGUCAAUAAUGGUAGUGGGGAGUCUUCAGAGGGUGCUCAAGGAGAACCUCUACCAGAAGAGAACCUCUCAUUACAGUGUGAUGGUUCUUUGCAACCCUCUCGAGUUAUGCGAUGCCCACCAUACAUUCGAUCUCGCAAGAAUCUCUGUUUUCCAUACUCAACAAGUCAGAGUGAUGCAUCAACGCAGCCAGCUAGAGUCAUGAGAUGUCCUCUCCCAUCUAGAUUUAGAGAAACUUCCUCUCCUAUGGAAAGCAGUUCGACGAGUGAUGCCCCUGGGGGAGCAUCUGCACAUCCUGCUCGAGUAAUGCGUUGUGCUGUCCCUAACUACCCUAUCAGAAAACGGCACUCACAAGAUGAACCUUUGAUCCAUGAGAAUGAAGCACAGGCACCCAAAGUUAUGCGGUGUCCUCUGCCAGGCCGAUCUAGCAGAACUGUGAAGUGUGAAGACAAAGUUGCAUUACCUUCAACCUCUCAAUUCCAAGCAAUGAAACACUCUCCUUCAACAUCAAAUAACCUGAUGAACUGUGAGUCAUCUGUAUCAUUCUUUCAUGGCAGUUUGGUUCCGUUUGAAGGCCUACCCCUUCAUGAUUCUGGAGGAACGGCAGAGUCUGAAGUUCUUAAAUGUCGAUCUGGGCAAUCAUCAUAUCCACUUCGAGCAUUGAAGACUGUUUCAAAUUAUAAUGAGUGCCAGAAUGAUAGUGAUCCAUUUCAAGCAUUAAAGCCUGUUUCAAGCAAUAAUGAGGACCAGAUUGAUGGUGAUUCACUGCCUGUUUGGAAGACUAUUUUAAAAAAGAAUGAGGGCCAGAUUGAUGGUGAAGAUACUUAUAUUAACCGUCUUCCUAAUGAAAUUUUGUGCAUGAUAUUUUCAUAUCUUCCUCAGUUAGAGCUUCUCAGGCAUUGUUCCAUGGUUUGUCAUCGAUGGUUGGCUGUAGCAAGUAGCCCUAUGUUAUGGCAAACAUUAUCUUUCUGUGGGCAAGACAUACCCAUUGAACAUGUGUGUGGUAGUAUUAGAUUUUCCCCGAUGCUCAAGUCCAUUACUAUCAAAGACAGGAUUGAUAUAGAUAUCAUUCUACCCGUGCUGCAGCAAUGUUGUAAGCGGUUGGAAACCAUUAAUCUAGUUCGAUGCCGCCCCAGUGAUGGAGUUAAUAAGUCUUUGCGAGCUAAAUUCUUGUAUCCCUUCUUACGGAAAGCUCAACUACGCAAUUUAAAUUUAAAGGGUACAGACUACAGAAGCAAAAAAUUUUAUCAAAUCUUGAGUACAAUGCCUGCUUUAAAAAAGUUAAACAUUAGCAGCUCCCGAAGUGUCACACCUCAAAUACUAAGUGAAAUAGCUAUGAAUUCUAAUCUGAAAGUGUUUAAAAAUAAGUGGCACUCAAACUCUAUUUAUAAUGGCCCUAAAUCAAUGACAAUUCAACUACCAGGCAAAAUUGAUGACUGGGCUUGUGCUUACAAUCUGCUUUUUCAAAGUGCUGGGAAAAGCCUGACAACCUUGGAGUUCUAUGCAGCUGGGAUCAGUGACUCAGCACUUGCUGCUCUCUCCAAGUGCACACACCUAAAAAAGCUGUGUGUUUAUAAUGCCAAUUGCUUGGCAAGUGAAAGCAUGGCCGGCAUCAGCAGUUUAACAGAGCUUCAGGAGCUAUUGCUUCAUAAUGCAAAAUUGACUACUGUUGACAUUGUCCAUGCCUUUCAAGCAGGCAACUUGUGUGGGCUUCAGUGUCUCCACUUGAAUGACAGUAUUCCAUUGAAUAGUGAUGACAUUUCAGCUGAUGCUUGCGUAAAGGUAGUUGCUGAAAAAUGUCCGAAAUUAAAGCACCUGUCAAUUACCAAGUGUUGUGGGUUGACUGACACGGGAGUGGAGUCAGUUUUGACUCACUGUUCUGAAUUAUUGACCCUUGAUCUCAAUGGGGGACUGGGAAUCUCUGGCCGAUCAUUUCUAUUGAUUCCUAUGCGUACCCCUCAACUUAAACUUCUUGUGGUAGAAGAGGAUUGUUCCCAAGAGAAAAACAACAUUUUGAAGACCUUAAUUGACGGCCAUGGUAUAUCUGUGGAUAGAAUUUCCUCUUGGAAACAUCGUACUACAUCCUAUUUAUUGUAGCAGUAUUGUUUUUUGUUUCCUAUGUUAAAGUGAAGCUUUUACCUCCCUUUUUUUUUUCUUCAAAUUUUAGCUUUAACUAAAAUUUGACAAGUGAAAAUGCAUAUAACCCUAUGCAAAUUUGUUUGUUUUUUUAAUUUUAUGAAAGAUAUCUUUUGUUUAUAGUCUAUAUAAAUUGUUUCUUUUAUAUGUGAGUGCAAACGUCAAUGUCUCUCAAUGCACUUAUUUAAACUUGGCAGUUACUGGGUGAUUUGUGGUGUUUUUCUCCUCUUGUAAUUUUCUUCUGAGUCUGAUAUGGUAAGGAUUUUGAUGAUGGAAGUCUCCAGUUAACUAAGUGGAAGAUUUGUUUCAAUAUUACUCUACUGGUCUGUUUCUCUCAGUAAAAGAAAAGAAAACAUCAAAAAGCAGAGAGACAAUUGUUUUGCAAUAAGAAUAAUAUUUGGUGUAUAUUCUCAAAAUUUAAAGAGUUUGGUUGAGAGAACUUAGUUCUAUAAUCAGCAUACAAUCUACUUAUCCCUCCUCCUCACUUCAGAUUCGAAAGGGAACCCAUUCCUUCACAUAGGUUCAGUCUACUUAAGUGGCAGAAAUGGAAUUUUGCUUCCAGGAUAAAAAUUUAAUGCUAAGACCAAAAAUAUUUAGUACUUUCUAUACAAGUGUCACUAUUUUGAUGAACGUGUUAAGCAGCUCAAGUAUGAUCUUGUAUUUCUUCAUCCCUUUACAAGGCACUGAUGUUGGUGUGAUAUGUUGACUAGUCGUAACUUUGUUGCGAAUAAGUUAAAGUUGAUGCAUCUUUGGGACGUAUGGCUCAAAGGUGCAUCAAUUUUUUCAGAAAAUUUUAUUUUGUAUUACCAAAGGACUCACAACACUGUUAUUAAAUGUCUUUGCUUGAUUUUCUUGAUUUAAAAUUUGUUCAAGGGUAACUAUGUACCCGCAUGAUAAAUAUCAUCCAUUUAAUACUUUGGCUGUGGUUUAACUUAUAUAUGAAUAUGUAUUUAUUAUAAUUGAGAAAAAUUAAACAAAUUAAGAUCUA